GCGAACGACGCCACGCUCGAGCGUAGCGCCCUGCAACCGCCAUUAUAGAUCCCGUUGUAUGUGACUGAGGCUUCGGAGCCGCGGAAUAUCAGGUGAAAAUAAGUCGUUUUCUAUCUAUUAUUCGUGAUAUCAUAUCGGAUAAAGAUGAAAACGUAUAGUAGAAAAAAGGGCGAUAGUCCCAGCAACGUUAUUAUUCAUGUAAACGAGUUGUGCCGACUGUGUUUGGCCAAGGAAGAGGAAAUGGUGCCAAUAUUCGACGAUGACACCGUGCCGAUGCCGCUGAGGAUCAUGGCCUGCGUUAAUUUAGAGGUGUACGACGAAGAUGGCCUGCCAAAUAUGAUUUGUCAUCCUUGCAAAUAUCAACUGGAGAAGUCGUACCAGUUCAAGAAGAAAUGUGAAGCAGCAGACUUCAAGCUGAGGAAACACAUAAAGCUAAUUCAACAUCUGACUGGUCAAGAGGAGAACAGCUCACAGGAAGGUGAUCACGAACAUCCGUCAGGUAGCGGAAAGUCAAAACAGGUCAAGCAAUUACUUGCUGAUUUGGUAUCAACAAAAGGAAACAGCAGUCACACCGAAGGCGAUCCAAUAGAAGUCACCGAGGAAGAACUGGUUGGCGGAUAUAUAUUGGGCAUGCAUGCAGAGAACCCAGAGAUGGAGGAUCCGCUGUUCGAUGAUCCUGAAAAUAUAACGUUAAUUCCUGCAGAAGAACGUGCUGCUAAAGCUAGAUGUACGAUACGCACCACACGCAUCAAACAAGAGCAAGAUUCAGAUGAAGAAGCGGAUGAGGUACAGCGAGCAAUUGCCAAUGUUGACCAUAAGAAUGUGUAUUUGAUGGAAUUGACUGGUAACAGUGGAGUUAAAGGAGAAUCUCUGAAGCUGCAACCCAUGGAUGAAUCUGAAGAGCUAAAGGUCUUUCAGUGUGACAAAUGUCCAAAAGCAUUUACUCGUAGAAUCAUGCUGAAGAGACAUGAAUCUGUGCAUGUUCAACAGAGAGGUUUCACUUGCCAGGCUUGUGAGAAAUGGUUUCCAACAAGAUCUGCAUUGGUCAGACACGAACGUACUCAUACUGGUGAGAAACCGUUUGGAUGCAACAUAUGUCACCGUGCUUUUGCUCAAAAAGAAAUUCUACUACGUCAUUUGAUGACUCACUCUGGUCAGAAACCAUUCCAAUGCCAAGACUGUGAAAAAAGUUUCACGCAACGUGAAGCUCUGAAAGUUCACAUGCGUCGGCAUCAGAAAUUAAAUCCCAAUGACAUUCAGCUGCAUCACUGUCAGCUGUGUCCGAAAGCUUUUUGCCAUGCGUCGGGACUUAGCAGACAUUUGGUUACACAUACUGGUAAAACAUACAAGUGCAUUGAAUGUCAAAAGUCGUUUACUGACAAGAGCUCGUUGCUUAGGCACAGUCGCAUUCAUUCGCCCAAAAAAAUUAUGAAUUGAUAAAUCAUAGCGCGGGUGUAGAAUUCCAGAUGAUGAAAUGACAUAUGAUUCGAAGCUACUGCGUCAUUGCAAUUCUGAACCAAUAGAAUCUGAGGUGAAACUAUUCAGCAUACAAUGUGCAAUUGAACAAUAAUGUCCUGAAACAGUCAGAUCAACAGAAAAGUGGCGUUUUAUAUACAUAAUACUGACUAUAAGUAUUAGCCCUAUUACUGCUUUUAUUUGAUUGAACAUUUUGAUUUACGUUAAAGACUAUUUGAUAAUUUACGGUCAAUAGAUCGAUCUUCCUUUACUUUUUCUUAAAAGAAUAGUGAGGAAGCCUGUUUAACAGAAAAUUGAAUUAUUCCUUUUCCACUAAACACUGAUUUUCUACGUUUGCUAUAUCAGAAGAGAUAUUUUCAUAGAAUGAAUUCAUUCUUAAAGUAUUCUAUCAGGUAUCACCGACCCUUCACGAAUACGGAGUAUCGUAAAGUGAACUUGAAAUAUUCACUAGAUUUGGAGAAACGUGAACUAUGUGUGUUUAUUACGGACCGGUGAUACCCUAGAUAUGUGUGUAGGAUUAUGACAAAGCAGAGAAAACUCUGGGGAAUUUAACUUCGAAAGUUGGAAAUUGGGACACGUUACAUUUCUCCAGGUAGUGGUUAAGCUACUCGGUGUAACCGCAGAGUACUGUUACGCAGAAGACAGAUGUGCUACUUAGACUAACAAAGAAAAGUGGAUUGUGAUUUGGUUCCGACGAGUUUAUAUUAUAAACUCAAUUUCAAGCGCUGAUGUUUUCUGAGAGGUUACAAAAUGAUGACUAUAUGACCAGUUUCUGUUUUUAUAAAGUGGGAACUUUGGAAGAGUAUUAGAAACGAAUCCCCUCAAACAUCAUCUCACUUCGUAAUUAAGAAAGAAUUUUUUAAAGGUCACUCUAGCACCAAAAAUUGCAUGACUUACAUCCACAACAGUACUAUAGUUUUUUUCACCCUGCAAGUAAUAUGACUGUGAAAUUGAUUUUUAAUUUUCCCUAGAUAUUAAUUGAGUUCAUAUAGUUUGAUUAUCCUCUUUCUAAAUGUAAGUACAUUGGUAUAUUUUAUAUCUAUACAGUAUAUAUAUGUACGAUAAUUGUAUAUACUAAUGAUUAUAAUCAUGUCUAGAGAUUUGUGCGAGUAGAGCAAAAUUGUCGGUGUCUAGCGGCGAAGUACCCAGUAAACACAUAAAGUUUGAAAAUAUCAAAAAUUUAACAGUAGAAAAUUUGAAUCUUGCUGAAACCAUUUUUUUGUUUCUGUGGAUUGACAGGUAUUGUUGUUUUUUAGAAUCACGUUAUUAUAAUUAGAAUGUCGUUCCAAGUGUUUCAAGAAUUAUAUUCUAAUCAACAGUGGAAAUAUUCUAAAUCUUUCGUCACUGAUUGAACUAGAUUUGUAAUAAGGAAACCAACCGAAAACAAUAAAAGCACUCAUGCCAUUCAUGGAUUUUAGAUCAAUUCAAAUCCUGGCAGUAUAUAAAUAGAAACGAAUAGACAGAAAUCGAGUCUUUUGAAAUGGGUUAAACUUUAUUCGAGGUAAUUUAUCCGUAGAGAUGCAUUCAAAACGAUACCAUUAUAUUAUGAGCUAGUCGAAUUAGCGAUGUUUUGAAUCUAAAACUGCAACAAUUCCAGAGGUUAUGAAAAAGAGUAGAUAAUGUACAAGACAACGUACAUAUAAAUGAUAUAUCAGUUUUUGGGGUUUUAGUUUGACACGAUUUGAAACAAAAAAUAUAAUGACAAUAAAAAUUAAAAACGCAAUUUUUUCGUAUCGUGGGUACUUUUUCGCACUGUUGGUCCGAUUUGCUGCUGAAUUUUCUGUAGAAAUUAUGAUAUGGCGUAAGUUUGAUGUAACUUUUAAUAUAAUAAUCUGAACCAAAUGAAAUAAAUUGAAAUUGCUUCAUCUUUUAAUGCUCUAAAAAUUUGAUCCUUUAAUAUUUAGCCGUACAUGGAAUCGUACCGCCAUUAUUUGCAGCUAAGCAAAUGAAAAUGCCUUCCUCGUGGUUUUAUAAAUUAAAAAAGAAACGAAUAAUUUUUUUCCAUUUUUUCCAUUUUAUUUAAUCGGUCACUCAAUGAUAUCUCUAUAUUUUUUCCAUCCAUACUGUUAUCAUCAAAUUGUUAUAAACCAUUCUAGUGAAAAAACAUUUUUAAAUUUUGAUUUAACGUGAUUUUUUCGUAUACUUAUUUCUUUACAAGAUUUGCUUGUACCGCGGAAUGUUAAGGGAACAAAUUUAUAGAGUAUUAGACGAUGAAGCGAUUGCAAUUAGUUUUAUCCCGUUACUGUCAUCAGAUAAAAUAAAUACAUCCGAUGUACGAAAAAAUUAAAUAUUUGAAAAAAAAUCAGUAACAAACGGCCGGUAAAAAUCUCUACAAAAUAGUACGUUACGAAGAAAUUGUAUUUUUU